GAGCAAAAAGCAAGCGAAGCACUUUCGGCUGGAGAGUCCCGGAUCAAGGGCAUUCGGGUUUCGACAGAGGAAAUAGAUAAUACACAACACAACCCAGCCCCAUCAUCCCUGGUAAGAUUAAACGAUCCAACUAGGAAACGUUUUGACUUGUUCAAGUUUAACCUUUCGUGGCCAAGCACCGUAUGAUCCUUUGUGGUACGUUUACGGACUUAAUUACAGGUGUUUGCACAACCCUGAUACAGUUAAGGUUGGACUAACUUGCGAAGCUAGUUGCCGCCGUCCAGGUCUGAUUGUUGAUCGGACUUCGAUAUAUUGCUACAGGCAGCACUGCUCGCGGGUCCGAAUCUUGCCUCGCUUUCCUACCUUCUUCUCCAUAUCGUGAUGUGAUUAGCGCGUGCUCGUUCUACUUCUACUAUUAUACCAUAAUCGUUCUCUCGCACCGUUGCGAGCCAAUCUUCUUCAAAAUGAAACCUUUCUCUGCGAAAUCGACAUCUCUCAUCCUCCCUCUCCUUUCGCUCAUCGCGAUCUCAGCGACUCCAGUCGCCGCGAAAUCUACCAGCAUCUUCAUUGACCAGAUCCCACUAUAUUCUCGGCUGGCAUCAUGCGCAGAAGACAGAGUCAGUGCGAUCAUCCGCGCCCAGUUUUCAGGAUGCGGCGAUAACAUGCAAUUGACUUCGUUCUCUUGCUUCUGUAUCGACUCGAGCACAGAAUUCAACUCCAUUCUGUCGACAGCCGUCGAGGAGCAAUGCGCCCUCACACGAACAGGCGGAUUGGCGACAAUCACCAAAGGAAGCCCUGAGCCCGAGGUCACUAAGGUGCAGGAGCUGUUCGCGAGCUACUGCUCUAAGACCACCCUGUUGACUGAUUUAACGUCAACCAACACGGCAGCAGCAACUGGAACACAAGGUCCUCAGACAGCCACCGCGCCGUCCCUCUCAACCGCCACUUCAACUUCGACAAACUCAGCAGAAGAAUCCGGCUCUUCUAACAAAACGCCCAUUGCCGCCAUCGUCGUCCCAUGUGUUAUUGUGCCCCUUGCACUAAUUGCAGCCGGCGCAUUCUUCUUCAUCCGCCGACGUCGCAACCAUACGAAACCUAUAGAAUUGGCAGAUUCCAGUGCCACGUACCCGCACAGAUACAGCGCACCAAAGGAGCUUGUCGGAGACCAGAAGAAACAUGAGAUGGGCAUAGGCGAAGACGCAUAUGCACACGAGUUGGGUCCCGCGAUUCAGCCUGUGGAACUCCAGGGAGGGUCGCCGGCCGAUUGGAAGCGGAAAGAGACCUCGACCUGAGUACGGAGAGCCUGACCAAGCAAUGAUUUCGCUAGAGAUUCCGGUGGAUUCGAAGAAAAGAUUCUUUCGAGAACGGCUGGCACGUGGAUGUGCCGAGGAUGGAUGGUUUCGAUUGAAAUUGGCAGUUCGUGUUGGAUGUCAGCCAGCUGUUACGGCCGAGCACCUUGUCGAUGAAGAAAACACCUAGAGCCUCACAAUCUCUUUCUUCGAUUCUUAUUACUUGCAGACCAUUUUGGAGCGUAGAGCUACUGCAUCAGCCUGCCCCUGUGCUUGCUAUCCGGAAUAUCCUCUGAAAUGGGUACGACGCGGCUGCGAUACUUUCUUUCGACUGACACAUGAUUUCCUUUUCCAAUUGGCCUUUUGCUACGACAAA